CUGGAAGUGAUGUUUCUCUGAAAGUGUAGCAGCAGCAGCCUGUUUGGAAGUGAGCGUUGUGAUGGUUUCUACCCAGAAUCUGUGAUGUUUUGCAAGGAGGCAGUUCAUAUGGGACACACUCAGCCUCUCUCAGCCUGUCUCUCUCUCUCUCUUUUUUUCUCUGCUGGAUUCCGUUUGUGGCUUCAUCUCCACGCUUUCAAUCUACUUGAAGAAGCAUGACUGGAUAUGUAGCGGCUGAAUUGCUGUGAGAUGGGUUUUCAGCUCCUGCUUGCGGGAAAAUAUAUUCACUGGUACAAGUCUGUGAGUACAAAGACUGCAUAAGGUGCUGAACCAAGCGUUACUUUUGGUGCUGCUCUCAGUCCAACCAGAAGACCCCAAAACUAAUUUCUCUUCUUACAGGCUUAGCCAAAUGGGAACUUUUGUCAGUUAUGCUGAUUUCUUAUCACUUAUCUCUCUCUGAUUUAAAAUGAUUUAAACAUCUCAUCCAGGAUUAUCAUCACUUAAACUGCAUGACUAUUUUUUAGACUCACCUUAAAAGGCCUUAUCUGAGGACUUAUUCAUUAAACAAUAUAUAUCAUUCAUUAAUUACUGCAAAACAUCCAUGCUGUAGAAAUGGAGGAGUGAGGAGAUUCACACUUUUUGGGCAAAUAAUAUCCUUUACAAGACUGCCUAUGUUACCACAAACAAAAGAAACAGUGUAAAUGUACUCUCAAAUGCACAAGACCAGGUCGAGUAGUGUCCCUUAGAAGCCUGAAAAUCUACUAGAAAGGAAGAAAGGAGUACAAAUCUGUACUUUAACAAAAGGUUCUGAAGACAUACCCUUAAGGUUACCACCCCAGGGACAAGAGGCGUACCACCACAAUGACAGUUUUGUAUCUAUUUUUGCUAAGAGUGUCUUCCAGUGCUGAAAAAUGAAAAAUAUCCGUAUCUAUGACUGCCAAGCCAAGCCAAGUUAUGUAAGGGGUCCCAUGCUGGAACCUGGUUACAUCUGACUAUGUUCAUAAUGACCACGGCUCACAACUGGAUGGCCACUGUGACUCCAGGGGGCUUCAGACAUGAAGCACAGUACCCUCUGCCCUGCAGGCUGCUGGUGUCUCUGUGUCCAGGAUGUUCCAGAGCACUCUGCUAGUACCCCUAAACCUGACUGACGGUCCGGAUCGCAGGCAGUGCAUCCGCAGCCACAUCAGGAUGGUAAUGGAACAGUUAGAGGAGGUUCUGAUUGAACUGAAGGAUGUGGCAAGAGAGCUCCGUGAGGUAGUGGCUCAAAUUGACAAACUGACAGCUGGCAUUGAUCUGGACGCAGAAGACGAUGCUGAGGAGGACAAACUGACCCUGGCUUGCAGCAGUAGCAGCAGCGAGAGAGCCCUGGGGGAACUUUUCAAAGCUGAGGCUUUUUCUAAUACCUGCGACCUGCAUCAUUUACUGUACAACCCGCUCCUGGACACUGCUAAGAGACAAGAUACAGCCCUGCAUCGGCGGAGCUGCGGGGACUUACCUGCUCUAAAUGGACCUAUGAAGGCCCCCUACAGUCCAAAAGCUUCUUGGCUCUUUGGCAGUGGGGAGAAAAUCCACCACUGUGAUAAAGCAUCGUAUCACGCGUUAUGCUGUGACGAUGACGACUUUGAUGAAGAGAGUGGAGGCAGGAGAUCCUCCAGAUUCUCCUCCAAUGACUCUGUGUUUUCCUCUUCUCCACCGCGGCCUCUGAGAGUCGAGGCCUUGACACCCCGAUCUGCACGAAAAUGUCACCUCAGCCCAGGCUCGAAGAAAAAAGCUCUGCGGAGCUGCAGCACUCAAACUGUUUCAGAUAAGAGCACACAAACUCCAUUCCCAUACAGCCCUGCCCGGCAAAGAGCUUCAAGUGACUACAAGCACUAAAAAAAUUCAAACAGUCCACUGCUCACCUGAUACCACUUUUAAACUGUGCAAGACAUAUUUAUAAAAAAAAGAUGUAAUGUUAAAUAUAGUAGAAAUGCUUAAUUGCACAUUGACUUCUUGCUAAUAAAAUCAUGCACUUGGCUGUUAAGUUUUUGUAGCUGCAGUGUUAAAGAUGUAGCAGCUUUCCUUUGGUUGAAAUACAAUAUCCCAUUUCUGAAGUAAUAAAUCUCCUCUGGCCCCCC